AUGAUGCCAGAAGGAUUCCAACUUCCCCAUAAGUGCUGGAAACUCAUCAAGGCACUUUAUGGACUGCGGAUCUCACCCAAGUUAUGGAAGCAGGAGGCCACCAGAGUUUUCAUUGCGUCAGAACUCAAACCCGUUCCCGAAGACCCGUGUGUCUUCGUGGGUGAUGGAAUAAUCAUCUGGUUCUAUGUGGACAAUAUACUCAUCGCCAAUUUCCCUUCGAAACGAAAUGCUGCAGAGAAGCUCGAAGGAGAGCUAGAAAAGCAGUGGGAACUCACAGACCACGGAGAUGCUGCUUGGUUCCUUGGGAUUCGUCUCUUACGUGAUAGGAGACGUCGACGACUUUGGCUAUGCCAGGAUUACUAUAUCCAGAGCAUCGCUAUGCGAUAUCACCUCACGACACGUUCGCCUGUCUAUACCCCUUUAACGACCGAGGAACUGAGGAAAUACGAAGGAACAGCUAGCGCCCAGGACACGAAACUUUACCAGGGUAACGUUGGGUCAGUCCAGUAUGCGACAACCGCUACUCGCCCCGAUGCUGCAUUCGCUGCCUCCAAGCUGUCGCAGUUCCUCACGAACCCGGGUCCGGAACACCACCGAGCGAUUGACCGGUUGAUCUGCUAUCUCCUCACAACCUGCUACCACGCAAUUACCUAUUGCGGUGCGGAAGAAAUCUCGAGAACGGUUCUGAAGUCGGUCGAGUUCGCUAGCGACGCUGCCUAUGGAGAUAUGUCCGACCGGCGCAGCUCCGCAGGAUACAUCAUACAGGUCUAUGGAGGCCCUGUGGACUGGAAAGCCGUGAAGCAGCCCACUGUCACCACGUCUACGACAGAGGCCGAGCUGGUAGCGUUAGCGGACUCCGGAAAAUCCCUACAAUGGUGGAAAUGUUUCAUGCAAGGCAUUGGUUUUGAUCCCGGCCACCGACUGUCAACUCGCUGUGACAACAAACAGACAGUAAAUCUCAUGUCUUCCGAGGAUGCCAAGAUCACCACAAAACUGCGACACGUCGAUAUCAACGGACACUGGAUUCGCCAGGAGGUUAAGGGAGGCCGAAUCGACCUCGAAUGGACACCGACGGGAAAGAUGGUCGCAGAUGGACUCACGAAGGCCCUAACGAGGCCAAAGCAUGAGGAGUUCCUCACGAUGCUGCGCAGGGAGAAUGUCAAGGAUUUGAUAGAUCCAUGA